ACAGAGAGUGGUGGAUGAAAAAAAAAUCGUUAUCACUUUUCUGUUAAAAUGCCAUGAAUUUAUGACUCUGUUCGUUUGUUUAUGUGGAUUGAAAAAUCGAACUCAGUGGUGAUCGUGCUCCGGGCGUCUGGGAAACUCGCGCACUCUUCAUGGGGAUCGUCUGGUCAGUUUGCUGAGAAACUCCGUGUGAGUGAGUUGGAAAAUUUUCCUCGCGGCACUUUUCUUUUUCUUUGGAAUUUUCACGAGAGGCGUUAACGAGUGAGAAAUUCUUCAAAUAAAAUAAGAGAAAAAAUUCCAAAAGCUUAUCACGUUACGAUUGAAACUCACCUACAAGCGAUAAGAUUAAAAGUAGCGAUCUGAUGUACUUCUUGUGAGCGAUUUUAAUUGUGCAAUUGCGCUGUGAAGCAAUUUGAAAGCAUAAAGUGGGUGCGGAAAAAUGAUUUUCCCCUCGUGCGAGAGGUGAAAAAAAAGUGGAGGCAUUUUCCGGCUACUCUCUGUAGGUAUUCCGUGCGGAAUCGCAUCUGAAAAUUAGAGAGAUCAUUUGGGGAAAAAAGAGAGCUCCUCAACGGUCAACUGGUGUGAAAAAGUGUAUUGGAACACGUUGGUGUAAAUAUUUACAUAAAUAUUGGAGGAUUGGAAUCUAUUUUCAUCGCCCCCCCUCAUUAGUUCUGGCAUCUUUUAUUCCCUUCUCACACCCCCAUCCCGCGGGAGAAAUUAGACGAAACUCCCCUCCUCAUCCCAUAAAGUCUCUCUGCUCGAUACACGCAGCAAUUAAUUAAACAGAGUGCGAAUUAAUUGCUCAAUCUGGCGGAUGAGAUGAACAAUAAUGGCAGAGAGAUGACUCCGACACGCUGAAUGGAACUGUGUGAUUGACAACAGGAGGAAGUGAGAGAUAAAAAAUAAAGAAUGGACCUACUACCGGGUCCAGAGCCACCCACACCAGCCUAUCCCAUCACCUUUCGCGGUUUCGCAUUCAGCAUUGGAAAUGAUACGGAAAUUAAUUACACCGAAGAUGGGGGUCUCUUCCCCAACUACUCAGACUCCCUCCUCAAGUUCGCCUCAAUCAUGUGCAUCGUCUUCGCACUAAUCGGAAUCCCCGGCAACCUAAUAACCAUCAUAGCAUUGGCACGAUGCAAAAAGGUUCGCAAUGCAACAGCAGUCUUCGUGAUAAAUCUCUCAUGUUCAGAUCUCCUUUUUUGCUGCUUCAAUCUCCCUCUGGCGGCUAGUACCUUCUGGAAUCGUGCUUGGACACACGGGGAUGUUCUCUGUGAGCUCUUCCCACUUGCCCGCUAUGGUCUCCUUGCGGUGUCUCUCUUCACCAUUCUGGCCAUCACGAUCAAUCGCUACGUCAUGAUCGUUCAUCCACGCGUCUAUCCACGAAUCUACCGACGAAAGUACCUGGCCCUGAUGAUCGCCCUCACGUGGAUAAUUAGCUUUUGUGCCCUCAUCCCGACAUGGAGUGGAAUUUGGGGUUAUUUUGGACUUGACACAGCCAUCGGGAGCUGUUCCAUCAUGAAGGAUGCCAAUGGGAAUUCCCCAAAGGAAUUCCUCUUUAUUGUUGCCUUUGCCCUGCCUUGCUUGUUUAUUGUCCUGUGCUAUGCCAGGAUAUUCUACAUCGUGCGCAAAGCAGCUGUUCAGUCACACGGUGUCAUGGACGCACGGAAGGAUUCAGUUCGAUCACGUGGAUCACGUCGGAGGAGAUCUCAGAGGAAGCCACAGCCGAAUCCAUCGCCACCAAAUGGCGAGGAGCCCCUUGUGAAGUUUGACAAUCCUGAAAUCAGAUUCAUGGACAGCACCAGCAUAGGAUCAGGCAUGCAGGCGGAUGCCGUUGAAAAUGGCCAAAUUGCUCCUUCUCCACCUCUAGACAACAUCUCAAAUGCAUCAUCCAGCAUUCACGAGGAGCAAACAAAUCAUACACCACCCAAUAACACGUCCAAUGCAUCCGUUCUCUAUCGCGGCAGGAUGACAGUGCGUGAUAAGAGGCUCCUCAAGAUGAUCCUCGUGAUCUUCUCGGCCUUUCUCAUUUGCUACCUCCCCAUUACGCUCACAAAGAUCUUCAAGGAGAUCACCGAAGUGCACGGAUUCAACAUCAGUGGCUACCUCCUAAUCUACAUGACGACCUGCAUCAAUCCCAUCAUCUACGCCGUGAUGUCUUCAGAGUACCGAAGAGCCUAUUGGGGGCUCAUUAUGUGCCAUAAACAACAGAAUUCUGUGUAAAAGGGCAUUUUGUCUUUAAUUAUUACAAUUUUAAGUGUUAUGAUGCUCACUUUUUUGGAUAUUCUCAUUAAAAUUUAAUUAAAAGAGA